AUGGCAUCAGGAGCUAUACAUAUCAUAAGUAAAUUAUUGAAUCCUAUACCUCAAUAUGUGUUGGGCUGUUUACCAGCCAUAGCAAUUAUCGGAAUAUCCCCAAAGGGGAAGUUUGCAGAAAAGUUGACAUGGGUUUUGCGAUGUUUUGGUUGUCCAUUUACGGGAUUGCUCUAUUCUUGUAACGUAGGGAAAGAUGAAGUAAAGCUCUGUAUUUACUGGCUUUCAUCAAAAUAUUUUCAAACCGAAGAAGAAAAUGGACAAGGAGAGGGAGGACUAAAACAACUUUAUCACAGACCUGUCGGAGUUUACGCAAUGUCAGUGAGCGAGGACCAGGAUAAUUAUAAUGAUAUAAAAGAUAUAAUUAACCGAUGCACAGCAAGGACAUCGGUUCUAGAAAGACUGUCGUCAUUGGUGUCAAUAUAUUACAUCAUCGUCGGUGUGAUCGCAGCAAUAUCCCGGACGACCGGGCAGUUUAGUUGUGAAGAUUGGCCAUAUAUAUCAUUGUUGUUAUCCUGGACAAUUCCAGCAGUUUUCAAGAGAGCAUUUUCGGGAACUCUAGUUGUAAAAGAUCCUGAUGUAGAGUUUGCGCCGCGAAAAAUAAAGAAAUCAGAAAGUGAAGGAGGUAAUGAGAUUGUGCACAAACCACAAAUAAUUAUGAAACCAGUCAGUGGAAGCCACAAAAUUCAGAAAUUUUUUACCGUUUUACUGGUUGCCUUUAUAUCCAUUUCAUACCCCUGGAUAACGGUAUUUUUAGCAUUUUACACACCACCAGUUGGGUAUUAUUGCAGAAGCAAAUUUCUGAGCAUAUUUUGCUCCAUAUGGUCAUUUAACAGUUUUUUGGCAUAUAUAAGCCACUUGAAAAAAGAAGACCACGUGGAAGGUCAUUCGUGGAUUCAUAUUUGGUUUUCCUUCUGUGGCUUUAUAUUAGCCAUUUUUUUGUUUAUUCUAGCCUUGUUUACCAAUAAUAUCGAAUGGUGGGGUAUGUUCAAUGAUCCUAAUUGUUCUACAACCUGUGGGAUCUAA